CUUACAACCUCAAUCAACACACUGCUACUCGCACUUAGAUCUACUAUCGCCAUGUUGAUUCUGUCUCUUCGCAACAUGAGCCCUAUGGAAUGGCUCAUAGCGGCUUUUGUGAUUAGUCUUCUCGUAUACCUAGCAAAUGUCGUAUAUAACCUAUUCUUUCACCCCCUGGCCAAUAUCCCCGGUCCGUUUCUUGCCAGAGCAAGUCAAAUACCUUCGUGGUACCACGCAAACCGAGGUGACCGGCAUGUCUGGCUAUGGCAACAGUUUCAGAUAUAUGGCGACAAGAUACGCCCGGAGCCAAACGCAGUCCUGUUCAACAACCCUGCAGCUUACGCGGAUAUAUAUGGCCUGAAAUCAAAUGUACGACGAAGCGAGUUCUACAAAGAUGCCCAAGUCGAUGGCUCCGAAGCUACAACGAUUGCUACGCUUGACGUCGCCGAACAUGCGCGGAAACGAAAGCUCCUUAGCCUCGCUUUCACGGAGAAUUCGGUGCGCGCCGCGUCAAGUUUCGUUAUCCAGCAUUUGGACCGUUGGAACCAACUUCUUAUUGAGGACGACGAUUCCAGUUGGUCGCCUGCGGUUGACAUUUCGGAGAAGAUAGACGGUCUAGUCUUCGAUAUCAUGGGGGAUCUCAGUUUUGGGAAGUCUUUCAAUGUUAAGGAACCUGGCGCCAACCCCCUGAAAACCGUGCCCCACAGCAUUUCUGAUUAUGUGAAAUUGAGUAAUUCGAUUGGCCGCUCUCCUUUUCGUAAUUACAUUCUUUGGCUAAAGCGUGGGGGCUUGGACAAGCUUUUCGCCUUGUUGACACCACCACCUAUCCGACAAUAUAAACAGUUUAUUCAUGAUAGUGUCACUAAGAGGAUUGCCUUGCAUCAGGAACAGGCUGAGAAACCGGAAGCCGAGCGGCGCCAGGAUAUGUUCUAUUUUCUGUGCGAAGCCCGUGACACCGACACUGGCCUUCCAGCGUAUAACGAGGCCCAGCUCCGAGCGGAGGCCAACCUAUUAAUUAUUGCCGGGUCUGAUACUACAUCUGUCAGCCUCUCUGGCAUAUUAUUUUACAUAACAGGCGACAGCCAUCGCUACCAGAAGCUUGUUCAGGAAAUUCGUACGGAGUUCAAAUCCACUGACGAUAUUGUGUACGGACCCAAGCUUUCCUCUUUAGUAUACUUACGGGCGUGCAUUGAAGAGGGAAUGCGUCUUGCUCCGGCGCUCCCUAGCGAUCUUCCCCGAGAAGUGCUUUCAGGAGGGAUCGAGAUCCAAGGAGAGUAUUUUCCACCAGGAAUCAAUGUUGGUACGACCAACUGGGCACUAUCCCGUAAUCAGGAGGUUUACGGCGACCCUGAAGUGUUUCGUCCUGAGCGCUGGAUUGUAGACGAGGCUACGGGUGUAACGGAGAAGGACGUGAAUAGGGCGCGGUCUGGUAGUCACCCUUUUGCCGGAGGACCUGGUAGGUGUCUUGGACAAAACUUCGCAAUGAUGGAAAUGAUGAUUGUAAUCGCUCGGACUCUUCACCGGUUUGAUGUCAGGAGGGAACCAGGCUCUACGUUGGGGUCGGGGAGACCCGAAUAUGGAUGGGGCGCACGCGAUAGCAAGCAAUUCCAGCUGUCUGACGCGUAUGUUUCAAUGCGACGUGGCCCAAUGUUACAGUUCAGAAAGAGGCAGCAGUCAGAUUAACCCUAGGGUGAAUGGUCAAGUAACUCGAAUUCAUAGCAAUAGUAUACUCGAGUUGAGGGUAUUAGGUCGAGGUUAGGAUAGGAGCACUCGUACUAUUCACGAUGCUCUUUUUGGAUAUGUCAUACAAACAAAACAGACUAUCUAGGCGGACAAGGAAUAAUCCAACAUCAUUCCGAGAAAC